AUGCAACCAUCUGUUUUCCCCCCAAAUGCUUCCUCAUACCUGGGUCCACAUGGGGAACCUCCUCUGUCACGCACUGGCUUCAUCAUUCUCUCCAUCAUUAUGGCCAUUUUCACCGGUCCGGCCAUAGUACUCAACGCUACAGUGAUCAUUGUGUCCCUCAUGCACAAGCAGCUGAGGCAGCCGCUCAACUACGCUCUGGUGAACAUGGCUGUGGCUGACCUGGGCACAGCCAUGACUGGAGGGGUACUGGCUGUGGUCAACAACGCCCAGGGGUAUUUCUCCCUGGGAAGAACAGGCUGUGUGAUGGAGGGUUUUGCAGUGUCCUUGUGUGGCAUCACAUCUCUGUGCACUGUUGCUCUGAUCGCCGUGGAGAGGAUGUUUGUUGUAAGUAAGCCCUUGGGGCUGAUAAUCUUUGAAAAAAAGCAUGCUGUUGGAGGUAUUGCCUUAUCCUGGCUAUGGUCCCUCACAUGGAACUUACCUCCCCUUUUUGGCUGGGGCAGGUAUGAGCUGGAGGGUGUAGGGACGUCCUGUGCACCAGACUGGCACACCCGCGACCCCCAUCAUGUCUCCUACAUCCUGGCUUACUUUGCAGUGUGCUUUGCUGUUCCCUUUACAGUUAUCUUGGCAUCCUACACAAAGCUCAUGUGGACAUUACACCGGGUAUCGAAGAUGGCCUGUUUGGAAGAUGGUGCAGUAGCUAAAGGAGAGAUGAAGGUAGCUUUCAUGGUGGUCCUGAUGGUCCUGACAUUUCUAAUCAGCUGGUUGCCUUAUGCUGGUCUGUCCAUGCUGGUGGUUUACAACCCUGAUGUGGAGAUUCACCCGUUGGUGGGCACGGUGCCGGUUUAUCUGGCCAAGAGCAGCACCGUGUACAAUCCUAUCAUCUACAUCUACCUCAACAAACAGUUUCGUAAAUACACAGUACCCUUCCUGCUGUGCUGGAGAGGUCCCUUCGAGGAGGAUGAGACAUCAGAGAUGACUAUAGAGAGUUCAAACAACAAAGUGUCUCCAACCUGAAACAAACCUGCAAUCAUCCAUGAAAAGUGAAAUUGUGUAUGAUAGUCACCUGCAACGUCGUCGGUGAA